AUGGAGGCUUCCGGCAAAACGACCGCCCUUGAAACGAUGGACAUGGAGGGACCCAAACAUCUUUCAGGAAAAUGGAACUGCGGGGACGACGAUGAAAUGACUCGCAUGGGAAAAGUUCAAGAAUUUAAGGUGACGAUGCGCAUUCCACUCUCGUCGAUUUUGGAAGACUUCAUAGCUGACCAGAGAAACAUGCGACCACUGGCAGCAUUGAGUUUCGCUUCUGUCCUUCAAGCAACUUGGGAAUAUCUCAUUCUGUCGAACUAUACGGGCUUGGAGGACGGCGGGCUGGCUGGACUUUUCUGGUCAUACAUCUGGACCUUCAUUGGAUUUGGAUUCAUUAUUGCCUCACUCGCAGAAAUGGCAUCAAUGGCCCCCACCGAUGGAGGCCAAUACCAUUGGGUGUCAGAGUUUUGCUCUCCUCGACACCAGAAGUUCUUGAGCUAUGUCACCGGCUGGAUGUCAGUACUAGCAUGGCAAGCCGGAACCGCGUCUGGGUCAUUUCUUACGGGCACUUUGAUUCAAGGCUUGAUCACAGUCCGCAACCCAGAUUACACUGCUCCGGGCUGGCAGGGUACCUUGCUUGUGUUCUCAAUGGUUUUAGUAAUCUAUUUGUUCAAUGUGUAUGCAUCGGAGCUGAUGCCUGUCAUGAGCAAUCUUCUGAUGCUUUUUCAUAUUAUAUCGUGGGCUGUCAUCUUGAUCAUGCUUUGGGCUAUGGCUCCUCACCGGUCAGCUCGGGAUGUUUUUGUCACAGACUGGAAGAACAUAGGAGGGUUGCCGACUAUGGGCGUCAGUGUCAUGGUAGGGCAGAUUUCGGCUAUUUAUGGUUGUCUGAGCUCUGAUGCGUGUGCCCACAUGUCUGAAGAAAUCAAAGAUGCCGGUCGAAAUGUCCCAAUUGCCAUGUAUUGGGGCUACUUUUCGAACGGAAUCAUGGCUGCUAUUCUACUAGUCGCCUAUCUAUUUGCCACCCCGUCGGUGGAGGACUCGCUGGAUGAUGCAUCGGGCUUCCCGUUGCUUUAUGUAUUCAAGCAGAUGACCUCUACCGCAGGAGUGAACGGACUCACAGCGAUCAUCAUAUUACCCGUGAUCUUCAGCAAUAUCAUGUUUAACGCAUCAACCUCACGACAAACAUGGGCUUUCGCUCGGGAUAAGGGCCUUCCAUUUUCCAACUGGAUCUCGAAAAUAGAUCCCAAACGCAAGAUCCCUGUCAAUGCUAUCAUCCUAUCAUGCGUCAUCAGUUGUCUUCUAUCCCUGAUUAAUAUUGGCUCCAGCACUGCAUUCAACGCUAUUAUCUCUUUGAACACAGCCGCACUCAUGUUCACUUAUCAGAUCUCUAUUUCAUGUGUUAUCUACAGGAAGAUCUGGUAUCCUGACACUCUCCCUGCUCGUCGGUGGGAUCUGGGCCCCCUUGGUUUACCCAUUAAUAUCAUCGGGGUGCUGUAUUGUUUCUUUGCGAUGUUCUGGUCUUUUUGGCCAACAGAACUACCCAUCACAGCCGAGAACUUCAAUUGGAGUAUUGUGAUCUUUGUUGCAAUAUUUAUCCUAAGUCUCGUGAUGUAUGGUCUAAAAGGAAGAAAGGAGUACGAGGGACCAGUGGUGGAAGUCAAGCAGAGUUGA